UUCUAGUUUCCGUCUCCGAAAAUCCCCCGCGCUCUAUAAAUUCCCUAACCAAAUGCCCUCUGAAAUCUCUCCCAUUUUUUCUGAAUUCCCCAACCAAAUACUCCAUUUCAUAUCUGUAGAUUUUUAUUUUCAUUCCAUUUUUUGUGAAAUUUUAAUUUGAUUUUUUUAAUAUUUUUUGGCCAUCUCUGCCAUGUCAACGGGGGGCGAGAUGGAGCAAUUGACCUCGGGAGCGAGCAAUAGGAUAAUCCCGAUCCUAAAAACCCUAAGAAUUCCUCUCAUUUUCAUUCAAUCAAUAAUCUUGUACCUUCUUCUCCUACUCUUCCCUCGGCGUCGCCACUCUCAAACGACUGUUGCGGCGAUUGACUCUGUUGCUGCGGCGCCGCAAUCGCCAGUUAAAACCGCGAGGCGGAGGUCGGUAUGGCGGCGAGAAGAAGAGGACACCUUGAGAAGGAGAGCUUUGGCGGAGCGUUUGGACAUGGGGUUUGAAACCGGGGACGGAGAGAUUGGUUGCCGCUGGAGCACGUCUCUGUUUUAUGGGGUCCGGAGAAAUGCCUUGUUUUGCCGGUCUUGGUUUCCGGUUGCCGGUGAAUUGAAGGGCAUUUUAAUCAUUAUACACGGGCUAAAUGAGCACAGUGGAAGAUAUGCUCAAUUUGCAAAGCAACUAACCUCUUGCAGCUUUGGUGUAUAUGCGAUGGACUGGAUAGGUCACGGUGGUAGUGAUGGAUUGCAUGGGUAUGUUCCUUCACUUGAUCAUGUUGUUGCGGACACUGGAGCUUUCUUGGAAAAAAUCAAAUUAGAGAAUCCAGGUGUACCUUGCUUCCUUUUUGGUCACUCUACUGGUGGAGCUGUGGUUUUAAAGGCAGCUUCAUAUCCUUAUAUUGAUGAAAUGCUGGAGGGAAUUGUGCUGACAUCUCCUGCUUUGCGUGUUAAGCCGGCACAUCCAAUUGUUGGGGCUAUUGCUCCUUUUUUUUCUCUGGUUGCUCCCAAGUUCCAGUUUAAAGGUGCGAACAAGAGGGGCAUACCAGUUUCAAGGGACCCCGCAGCACUGUUAGCCAAGUACUCUGAUCCCUUGGUCUACACCGGUCCAAUAAGGGUCCGAACAGGGCAUGAGAUAUUGCGCAUUUCAUCCUACUUGAUUCAAAACUUUAAGUCUGUGAUAGUCCCAUUCUUUGUUCUCCAUGGAACGGCAGACAAAGUCACUGAUCCACUCGCCUCCCAGGACUUGUACAAUAAGGCAGCCUCCAAGUUCAAAGACAUAAAGCUCUACGAGGGCUUCUUGCACGACCUUCUCUUUGAGCCGGAGCGAGAAGAGAUAGGGCAAGAUAUAAUUGACUGGAUGGAGAAGAGAUUAGGCGCCAGAGCUUAAAAGACUGAUUGUCUCUGGUAAAUGAUCUUGCGGGAUAGAUUGUGUUGUUCUUUUACACAAAGUUAGAACACCGGUGUGAAAGCACAUGUAGAUGUUUUAGGAAGUUAAAAGUUCAUCAUGCGUACGUCUGCGGCUAUGCUUUAUAGCUAAAUUUGUAACCAUGAAUAAGUAUUAUAUAUGUAGUGGAAUGUUUUGAAAA